UGUUGCACCGCCAUGUUUCAACUUCACCGCUAGAUGCCACUAAAUCUCACAAACUGGUCCUUUAACUCUUAGCGACCCGAAGGAAAUGGCAACAAACGAAGAAACGACUCCUCAGUGGAAAACAACCGUUGUAGUCAGCACAUCACUCCAGAACCAUGGUACAAGCAGAAUGCUGGGCGCGCAGCAGCACCGCAUCAGGUUUUCACAUAGUGUGGUGUCCGGAGCUUUUAUCUUUCCUCUGUCAGGUACUGCAUUUCUGUUGGUUGACCCUCAAGAUCUCCCAGAGCCUUUUGAGGAGUCAGGACUCAUUGAGCGGAUAAAGAAGUUUGUGGAAGUUCACAGGAACAGCUUUCUACUUCUAUAUGCCCCCUUCAAUGGGAAAAAGGAAUUGGAAACUUUGUCACUGAUUCAGCACAGAUUCUUCGGUAGCAAUCUCAGGAUCUUGCCUGUGCGAAACAAUACUGAGAUUGUCAACGGUAUGUUGACAGUUGCCAAGGCCACCAGUAAGCCCCAUGUAGACAGUAUCCGAGACCGGAUGUCUCUGGCUCGGGCUCACAUCAUUGAAAGCAGUUCUGUGUGGGAGAUGCUAAGAGACAUACUGUAAACCUCAGCAGGUGUUCAACCACUGAAUAUACAAAAUCACAGGUAAAAGAUGUGUUUGAACAUACAAUAUUAGCAGAGUUUGUUCAGUUUUGACAUUAUUGAAUGGAACAGUUGAUGUACAUCCUCAAAGAGUUUUGGCAGAGAAUAAUUCACACAUUUGUUAAUGAUUUUAAUGUUUUUAUUGUUCAAACAGGACAAAUAAAACAAAUAUGUUUAGAUCAUAA